CAGUUUCAAAUUUUUCGCGCUUUUUUUCAAUUUUUUGUUUCAGUUUCCCCCUCCCCUUUUUGUUACUUUUCUGAUGCAGUCGAUUUCCGCCGCACGCCGACGCACAAUGCCAUCACUUGGCAGCAGCAAUGGCAGCAGUGGAGUCGUUGCACCGCUGGCCGCGAGCGAGGACGCCAGCCAGCAGCCGCAGCAGCAGCAGUCCGAGCCCGAAGAGCACAACAUGCUCGUCCUCGUCCGAACGCGCCCGCUCAACGACCGCGAGCGCCAGACGUCCCAGCGCGAGAUUGUGCGCGUUGUGCCGCCCAACUUGAUCUCGUUCGACCCGCCGAGCGACGACGGAGUGCCCGCGUUCUCGACCGGCGCGUAUACUUCAACAACCAACGGUCCCGCCGCUUCUGCUUCUGCUGCUCCCAAUGCGGCUGUGACUGCGGGCUCGGUCGUCAUGGGCCGCAAGCCGCGCGAUCUGACGUUUCCCUUUGAUCGCGUGUUUGGACCGCACGCAACGCAGGAGGAGGUGUUUGCGCCGCUGCUUCCGCUGAUUUCAAAUGUGCUCGACGGGAUGAACGCAACGGUUUGUGCAUACGGUGCAACGUCUGCUGGCAAGACACAUACGAUGGUCGGAACGGAAGACGCGCCAGGAAUCAUGAUCUUGGCCAUUCGCGAGCUCUACCGUCGCGCAGAACUCGUGGCGAGCGACCGACUGGCCACCAUUGCCAUCUCGUACCUGGAAGUGUACAAUGAAACCAUCCGCGAUCUCAUCCAACCAUCUGGUCCACUUGCAUUGCGCGAGGAGAAUGGCACCGUCACCAUUGCUGGGCUGUCGGUCCACACGCCGAGCUCGCCCGACGAGCUGUUUGGCAUGCUGACCGAGGCGAACGCAAACCGAACGCAGCAUCCGACCGACGCUAACGCCAACUCGAGCCGAUCGCAUGCCGUGCUGCAGGUGCACGUUCGUCAGAGCAACCGUACCGCAUCCAUCCACGCCGAUUUCACCAUGGCCAAGCUCACGCUGAUUGAUUUGGCCGGAUCGGAGCGCGCCACCGUCACGACAAACAGCGGCGCUCGUCUGCGCGAGGGAGCCAACAUUAAUCGCUCGCUGCUCGCGCUCGGCAACUGCAUCAACGCGCUGGUGGAGCGCUCGCGCAGGCGCAGCAACACCACACCCUACAUUCCAUUCCGAGACUCCAAGCUGACCCGCCUGCUCAAGGACUCGCUUGGCGGCAACUGCAAGACUGUCAUGAUUGCCAACGUGUCGCCCGCGCCGCUGUGCAUGGAGGACACACACAACACACUCGUGUACGCGAGCCGCGCACGCAGCAUUAAGAGCACUGUGGUUGCGAACGAGACCAAGGUGGAGUUCCAUGUCAGCCGGUAUGUCACCAUCAUUGACGAUCUCCAGAACGAAGUCGCCGAGCUCAAAGCAAAGCUGCGCGCACAAGAAAGCCGCGCCAAUGCUGCUGCCAAAACCGUUGCACAGCCGCCCUCCGUCACCGUCGCCAGCGGCUAUCCGUCGCCGCUGGUCCGUCGACUGGUUUCUCUGGCGGCCACGCAACAGGCUCUCUUGGCUGCGUCCGGACGCAACACUGCCGAAAGCGAGUCCUUGUUCUCGCAAGCGAUGAGCGAGUGGCAGCACGCCCAGCGCCCAAGCAGCUCUGCCAGCUCUGCCAGCUCUACCAGCUCUGCCAGCUCGGCAUCCACGUUUGAGUCGCCAAUCAUCACGCGAUCCGCAGCUGCAAUGCAAGGACUAAAGCGUACCUCACCAUCAACCGCAGAGGAGGAUGCGGCUGCGUCGGUACGUCCGCUGGUGCAACGCUUGCGCGCCACCUUUGAGGAAGCGAGCAACAAUUCUACGACCACGACGCCCAUCAAGCUUCCCAGCACCCUGUCACCGCGAGGCGGACGCGCAGCUUCCCCGUCCCUCAUCCUGCAACAGCUCUCCUCAGCCCGAGCUGCCGAUGGUACUCCUGCUGUGGCUCGCUAUGCCCCAGCGUCCGUGCUCGACUCGCUCCGCAAGCAAAAGCCAAGCGAAUUUUCUGCCACUCCCGUCAAGGGCGCUUCGCCCAAAAUGUCUGGCGCACGCGCACGUGCACGCGUGUCGUUUGCCCCGCAGGUGAUUGAGCACUCCGACCCCAACAUGUCGUACAUGAGCGACCAUGACGACGAGCCCGCGCUGCCUGCCUUUGCCAACGCCAAUGAUAGCGUUUGCUGUCGAGGCGUUGGACGAGGGGACAAUCCCGGACGACUUUGGCGAGCAGCGACAUGUCCACUCAUGUCGACUCAGCUGCUUCCGGCACUCUGGGCGUCAAGAUGCUCCCUUCCGUCGCGCAUGUCGAUGCCCAUGUCGACCCCGACUCGUGGCGGCUCGGAACGGCGAGACGCGAGCUCGUGGCACAUUGACAACAUCCGGCCUGGCCCAAGCUCGGCCAACUCGGACGUCAGCAUGAUGGACACCACCUUGGACAUGUCACACUUGCAGUCUGCUGCUGCUGCUGCUGCUACUACCGCUGCCUCGACCACCAAUUCUGCUGCGUGGGCUGCCUCGCGCGUGCCCGUGGCUACCGCGACCCCGCGCACCGCUGCCGCCCUUGCCCGCCGCUCCAUUGCCGGCACGGGAAUGUUUGACGGCAAUGGGUCUGUUCUCGGACCUUCUGGCAAGCCGACCACGCUUGCAAACGGCGGUGCAUCCAGGAUUGCCAAGCCGCCAGCACGCACUCUAACGAGCACAGCAGCGGCCGCCGCCGUUCACCAGCCUCAGAGCACUACCAUGCAACCUGCCAGCCGCGUGGCCACGAAGGUGGAUUCGCAUGGCCCAAGCUCUCCCGUCUUGGCAAACUCCACUGCCAACCGGUUGCCCGGCGCGCAGCGAACGCUCAAGCCAAUGACCGCAACAGCAGCGCGUAGUGGUUCCUCCAUGGUUGCCAGCGCCGUUGCAUCCGAAUCACGCCGCGCAUCUGUCAGCACAACAACGGCUACUCGUCGUCCAUGGCGAUAAUUAUUCACCUAUUUUAAACAAGCGUGGACAUGUUCAGGAUGCUGGGGGAGGGUGAAGAGAGAGAGAAGGGAGAUUUCGUAUUAUUGGUGUUCGAGCGUUGAAACACGAGGGUGAUGUCGG